ACCCCUCCCUCCUCCUCCUCCUCCUCCUCCUCCCCACACACUGCUUUUAGGACGGAUUCCAAUCCAAGAUGGCUGCCGGCGUGGCGACGUGGCUGCCGUUUGCGCGGGCGGCGGCAGUGGGCUGGCUGCCGCUUGCCAAGAAGACCAUGCCCAAGCCACCGGUGGACAACUCGUCCCGAUCGGACGAAAUCCUCUACGUCAACGUCAGCGGCGUCCGGUUUCAGACGUGGAAAAACACUCUGGAUCGAUACCCGGACACGCUGCUGGGCUCCUCUGAGAAGGAGUUCUUCUAUAACGAGGACACGCAGGAGUAUUUCUUCGACAGAGACCCGGAGAUGUUCCGACAUAUCCUCAACUUUUACCGAACCGGGAAGCUGCACUACCCGCGCAACGAGUGCAUCCAGGCGUUCGACGAGGAGCUGGCCUUCUACGGCAUCGUGCCUGAGAUCAUCGGAGACUGCUGCAUGGAGGAAUACCGGGACCGGAAAAAGGAGAACCAGGAGCGUCUGGCUGAGGACACGGAGGCCAACGAGGCGACGGACGCCCCCCUCCCCCCUCACAGCACGUCACGAGAGCGCCUGUGGAGAGCCUUCGAGAACCCGCACACCUCCACCAUGGCGCUGGUCUUCUACUACGUCACCGGCUUCUUCAUCGCCGUGUCCGUCAUCGCCAACGUGGUGGAGACGGUGCCCUGCCGGCCAAAUAAAGGCAGCGUGAAGGACCUGCCGUGCGGGGAGAAGUACCACCUGGCCUUCUUCUGCAUGGACACGGCCUGCGUGCUCAUCUUCACCUUCGAGUACCUGAUGCGCCUGUUCGCCGCGCCCAGCCGCUGCAAGUUCAUGCGCUCGGUGAUGUCGGUGAUCGACGUGGUGGCCAUCAUGCCCUACUACAUCGGCCUGGUGAUGCCCGAGAACGAGGACGUGAGCGGCGCCUUCGUCACGCUGCGGGUGUUCCGCGUCUUCCGGAUCUUCAAAUUCUCGCGCCACUCGCAGGGUUUGAGGAUUUUGGGCUACACGCUGAAGAGCUGCGCGUCCGAGCUGGGCUUCCUGCUCUUCUCCCUCACCAUGGCCAUCAUCAUCUUCGCCACCGUCAUGUUCUACGCCGAGAAGGGCACCAAGGGCUCCACCUUCACCUCCAUCCCGGCCUCCUUCUGGUACACCAUUGUCACCAUGACGACACUGGGGUACGGAGACAUGGUCCCAAACACCAUCGCCGGGAAGAUCUUCGGCUCCAUCUGCUCGCUGAGCGGCGUGCUGGUCAUCGCCCUGCCCGUGCCCGUCAUCGUGUCCAACUUCAGCCGCAUCUACCACCAGAACCAGAGAGCCGACAAGAUGAGAGCGCAGCAGAAAGUGCGUUUGGCUCGGAUCCGCAUGGCCAAGAAAGGAACUGCCAACGCCUUCCUGCAAUACAAAGAGGACCGAGCACUCGGGGACCGGGACAGUGACAGCACAGCUCUGUGUGUGAAGAAUCGUUCGGCAUUCGAGCAUCAACACAAUCAUCUGCUGCACUGUUUGGAGAAAACUACGAACCACGAGUUCACGGACGAGAUGACCUACAGCGAGCUCUGCAUGACGGAGUCGGUGGGCUUCAGGACCAGCCGCAGCACCUCCCUGUCCAGCCAGCAGGGGGCGCAGAACAACUCCACCGGCUGCUGCCCGCGCCGCGCCCGCAGGAGAGCCGCCAUGCGCCUCGCCAACUCCACCGUGUCCGUGAGCCGCGGCAGCGUCCAGGAGCUGGACACGCUGCACGUCAAGACCACCGCCAUCCCGCCGCAAACCCGCUCCAGUCUCAACGCGCAGGCGGGCGAUCUGAAGCUGAACUGUGGCGAGCAGGACUUCACCGCGGCCAUCAUCAGCAUCCCCACGCCGCCCGCCAACACGCCGGAUGAGAGUCUCCCCCCGUCGCCCGCGCCGAUCCCCGGCAUCCUGCGCAACACUCGAGCCACAGCCUACACGCACGAGACCGUCAAAAUCUCCUCCUUAUAACC